AUGGUCGAAUGUCUUUUCAUCUUACCCCGCGAGAAUCUAAAGCAGGCGACAGUGACCACUGGGAUUGGAAUUCGACCAUGUCCCAAAGCGCCACAGGCCACCACCGCUCUCUGGGGAGACUCUAGCAGGGCGGUGAGGAGCCUUCCAUCAUUUGACUCGCUGACGGCGCACCUGGCUCAAAUUUCCAUCAAGGCGGUGAAGAAGAUUAUCUGCUCCAAUCAUACCGGCCUCCCUGACACGGGCUCUUGA